GCAGAUAUUUCGAUUGUGAAGUAUUGCAACUUAUUUGGUCCUGGAUUUUGUGAGAAACUGUGGAGAAAAUAUAGCCGUGGGGUAGGUGUGCAGACAUUUUUCAGGUGUGCUGAUUUUCACCAGCAAGAAAAACCUCAAUGUGAAAAUGUUGUCACCUUCUUCCCUUCAACUGGUGAAUUUUCAUCAAUGCAGGGGUCUGCAUACAAGCUUGGCGUUCCUUGGCAAAAGGAAUUUUCGCAAGUUCUUGAUUGGUGCUAAGCGCGGCACUCUGGCUUUCAAGCAAGCCAGAGCUAAGGAAGUCUCAUUUAGAAAGGAGUUUCCCGAUAUAGAUAUACCAGACAACGGCACCCGGCCAAUCGGAGCGCGGCGAGAUGGCGAUAGCAAAUUUGUGAAAAUCCCCGAGAUGAUCCCGGAGCUGGUGGUGCCCGACCUGACCGGAUUCAAGCUGCGGCCGUACGUCUCCUACCGCUGCCCGGAGGUGAUCCAGGCCGAGUUCACGGCGCGCGAUCUCUUCAACGCCGUGUACAGCGGCAAGAUCACGGAUGACUUUGAGCGUGGGACGCUGGACGCGGCCGGCCAGCCGCUGCAGCCGAGCGCCGACGAGGCGCUGACGCCGCACGAGGCGCGACAGAGGGCGCGCGCCGUCAACAGCGACAUCUGGGAAAAGUGACGCCGGCCGGCCGCCGUGCGGUGUGGGCCUCAGGCAAGGUGUCGCUCUUGUGGCUAGGAUAGGGUUGUGUGGUGGCGCGAUGGCGCUUUUGACUGGUGCUCGCUGUGUGACCUGCUGAACUAUUGCGCAAAACGUGUGCGUUGGUGGCCGAUAUAUGUAUAUAUAUAUAUAUAUAUAUAUAUAUAUAUAUAUAUAUAUAUAUAUAUAUAUAUAUACUCGAUGGUCAAAGAAUGCUGCAUGCUGACUGCAAGAAAGUGGAGUACGGAUUGCCCGCAACAGGGCUGUUAUUCUUCCUGUGGGCUCGUGGAAGGAUGAGGAUCGAGAAAAAAUGAACUGAUCGGACCGUGGUGCUCAUUUCUUCCCAGCCUCGUGAGAUGCUGGUUCGUACAAGUGCCGCUCCUUUAGCGGCCUGAUGACUCAUUAAGUGCGUUCUUUCCUUGGGGAUGCAGUGCAGGUGUGGUUUGAAUUCGUCAAACAUACAACUACACUUCUACAGCUA